GGUUACUGCGCUACAUUAUGCAGAAGGGUACUCUAAAUACUGGUGAACAGCAAUCUUCUGCUGAAUUUUUCGCACAUGACGGGAUUUUUACACUCGAUUCAGCGCAGUGGUUCAGAGUAGUGAAUUCCUUGACGAAUCUGCAAGUUUGUAACAAUUAUCUGGUCGGUGCUACUUCUAAAAACACCCUAAUAAGAACGUCCACUGUUCCUCCUUACAAUAUAUCUGAAAUUGAAAUUAGCCGCCUUUCAGAUGACCGAGUCCAUAAUAUUUUUCUGGAUCCUAUGGGUUGGCAUACUGUAAUAAGUAUGCAGUCUGGCACAAAUUUCUACAUCAAUAAAGGUAUGAAAAAGGUUCGCCCUUUAAACAAGACAAAAGAUCAUUUGUUUGACUCUAUAGCUUGGAAUCAUCAUAAUGUUAAUGAAUUGUCUACACAAGAAAUUUUAAUCGGUACAAAUGAUGGACUAAUAUUUGAAACAAUGCUUAUGUUUAAUGAAGAUAGCUUUUUUAGUUCGGGAACUAUUGAACAGUAUUGGAUCCAGAUGAUUAAUUUAGGACAUAGUGUAACAGGUGUAGAAGUGAUUCGCUUUCCUAUUGGUUCGCCUAAUGUACUAGUUGGUGAACCGCAACGAUGUGUAGUCUUUGCUACAACACCUUGUCGUAUGUAUCAAUUCGCUGGAUGGAUAAAUACUAACAGUUCAACAACCGGUUCAAUUUUAUCUCAUCUAGCAGCAAAUACUGCUACAUCCGGUAUAUCCAAUGCAAUAAAUGCUUAUACUGGAGGUCAUAGGUCUAGUUUAGUGAAUGAAUAUAAUCAACAACAAUCUGUUGGGAUACAAAAUACAACUAUAUUUCCCAUUAUCACUGGACUAUUCUCCAGUGUAUUCAACUCAGAUGAUAAACUACCUGUUGGAUCCAAAGUUACUGAAUUUCCCGGAAGUUUUGGAUAUAGUGAUUUAAAACUUUAUCGUAAUGUAAAAGAUGAACUCCCUAGUAAAUUUGCUUGGAUGACAGGUCCAGGUGUUUACUUCGGUUACAUAAGAACAGAACAAUUAAGUAUGCCUCCAUUUACAAAACUGUCAACAAAUGAUCAACCAAUUGAUGUAAAAUCAUUUCCAAAUGAAGUUGUUUCCCUUCUACCUACUGCCACUGAUAAUACAGAUGAUCCGAAUCGACCGAAAGAUAUAUUCUCUGGUCGUGGUGUUAAUUUAACGCGAAAUACAAAACUUAUCCCGUAUCCAAUUAUUCAUAUGCUUGAACGACCUGGUGUACCAUUAGGCAUUUGUUUGACAGAAUUUCAUCUUAUCAUUAUCUAUGUGGAUCGCAUUAAAGCUGUGAAUACUUUAGAUGGUCGAGCAGUUUAUUCAAUGCCGUUAAAUAAUAUCAUUGGCUGUGAACGGGCUUUGGGUAUAUCGCGUGACUCAUUAUCUAGUCAUAUUUGGAUAUUCAGCAAUAAUCAUUUGGCUCGAUUAAAUAUGAAGAAUGAAUUAUGCAGAAUAUGGCAAAUCUAUUUGGAUCGUCUACAGUUUGAUGAAGCGCGCCAAUUUUGUCAGGAUCCUGGUCAAAUGGAUACCAUCAAUAUACGUGAAGCGGAAUAUAAUUUUGAUAAUGAAAACUAUGGACUUGCAGCUAAAUUAUUUGCUCGUAGUUCUAUACCGUUUGAACAAAUUGCAUUACGUUUUUUUCGUUUAUCAUCAUCAUCAUCAUCAUCAACAACACAUACAAUAGAUCUUUCAUCAACCAUUAUACCAUCUACAUUAAUUCAACAAGGUUAUGAAAUUAAUGAUGAUCAUGAUAUUAUGGAAGCAUUAAUUAUUCAAUCAAAACAACAACAUCCAAUCAAUGACAAACUAACAGGACUAAUUGAUUCAUCUAUAAAACAAUGUAAAUCAUUCAUAACAUCAAUCCAUUCAUAUAGUAGUACAUUGACACCAUUGAAAAUAUUUUUAUCAUCAAAAUUAGAUUAUUUAAUAGAACAGAAUAAUCAAAUAAUAAGUAAUAUCAAUAAACAAUCAGUAGUAAAUUUAUCAGGUCAAAUAAUUUUAUUAGCAAUUUGGUUAAUAGAAUUAUUAAUAACUGAAUUAAGUGUGAUACGUGAUCGUCUUAAAAUGAUAACAAAAUUGGAUCAUAAUAAUGAUGAUCUUGAUGAAAUAGUUAAUGAUAAUGAUCAAAAUAACAAGAUGAUUAGUGAUGGAAAUAUUACCGUUAACAAUAAUGAUAAUUGUGAUGAUAAAGUUAAAUUAACAUUACAAAAUCGUCUAGCUUCUGUACGACGUGAAUUUCGUACAAUCAUAGUAUUACCGGAAGUAUUGAAUUUUUUACCAGAAGCAAAAUCUUUGAUAUACGAUUUACUAGAAAAUCAUGGGGAAAAUGAUGAACUUGUUUAUUUUAUGGAAUUAAUGAAAGAUUAUCCUCGUUUAGUGGAUCAUUAUAUGCGUCAAUGUAUGUACAGUGAUGCCUUAAAAAUAUUAGCCACCUAUCCAAACUGUUUAAAUCGACUAUAUGAUCAUGCAUCAUGCUUAGCUAGUAAAUGUCCGGAAGAAUUUGUCAAUGUAUGUCUUCGUUUAAACAAUAAAUUGGAUAUUAAUCGGUUAGUAAUUAAAACUUUCCUAUUCUUUUUAAAAAAAAUGUACGUUUUGACGUAAAAUUAGUUUAAUUUUCAGUAUUUUCGACCAGUGAUUAUGUGGUAUAGCUUGUUCUAAAUAUCAAAUUCAUUUACUUGGCCUGUAUACUCUAAGUUUGAGGUUGCUCAUACUGAAGUAGGUUCAGUGGGAUUCAAACUUACAAAUAAGUAGUUGAAAGUCGAACAGCUUGAAUGUUAUAAGCCACCGUUCUCUAUCUGGUAAUAUGAUUCACGUUGGCCACGCGUAUAUAGCCUCUGCCUUCUCGCGUCCAAGUGUUGUUUACGAAAUUGAGAGGACGAAAAGCGAAUGUCCGGCGCUUUAACCGGGUUGGUGGACAUGGAGAGUCCACCUAGGGGAGUUGAAAAACCCUGAUUGCAAACCAAUGGUGUACAUGGACUCCAGUAUCCUUAAGGAACAAAUGGCGUAUGAAACACUUACUGGUCACCGGCUACCAUGGGACUGCAUCUCCUUACGAUGCUCCACUACCUUGUGGAUCACACCUUUAGGUUGAAGGCUCCUAAGAAAACCACCUGCUUCGAUUUGAACACCCAGGCAGUAUCACAGCCCUCACACAAUUCAAAUGAGAUUUGUGUGGUGCGUAUGUAUUUGGUGCCUCCUUGUGCCAAUAUUUAUGUGUUCAAACAAAUAAUAAUAAUGAUUCACGUUUGAACUAUUAUACUGUUUUUAUUGUUGUGAUUAUCUAGCCAACAAUAAUAAAUUAAAACACAGCAUAGUGUUACUCAGUUUCAUGUUGUUACAGGGGCAGUGAAUUAGAAUGAGAAAGAUACGGUGUCCUGCUUGUACAUUUGAUUUCAACAGCUUUGUGGUAGUAUCACAACACAUCUCACACAAAACAGUGCAGUAUAAAGCUGAUAGAUCUUCUAACUGAACACUUGCAUCGGUUUCCUAAGCUCUUUUAAUAGCCCUAGGCUAGUUCUACACGAUAAAUUGAACACGAGAGAAAAGACGCGUAAUAAUAUGGAAAGAACUGUUUACUCCAAGGUUAAUUUAUGUACAGAAAAUCUUGGGUGUUUAUAGCAUUUUUAGACGAGGUUUUGCUUGUGGAAAGUUCUGGAACCCUACCACGCACGGUAGCAGUAUAGUUAGGUAAUCAUCCAAUGAGGAAUGUGUCUCGUGACUCUUUAGUUUCUAGAUGUUCCUGAGAGAGUUCUACUGAAUGGUGAUUGGAUAAAAUGUUUCCCAGCGUUUUCAGGACCCUUUUGGGUUAGCAAGUCAGCGUCUAGGCGUUUAUUUACAAGAUUUAUCAUAGGAUAUAUAUUUCCAGUGAAUUACAAACUAUUUUAGAAUAGAAUAAUUUCAUGUCCAAAUGAGGACCCUAUGAACUAAGUUUUUGCGAUGGUUUCCAGAAGUCUGACAAAGCCUCCAGAGUUUCUGAAGAAACCUAAGAUAUUCCGUCCAAUCAGAACCUGAUAGAACCUUCUAGACUGUCAAUAUUACAUUCUCUUAUUGCACAAUUGUAUACCUUCUCUUUUUGUGGAUUGUCUUGAUUAUGAUGAUGUUAUACCCAAUACUAAAAACUAUAAAUACACCAAUUUUCCAUUCAUUCUUGACACUUACCCAACAAUCGCUUCCUUUGCUUUUUCUAUUUUUUGAUUUGCAACUGUGGCGUUCUACACGUUCGAGUGCCGAUUGUCGUACAGCGUAUUCUGCCGUAAUCAAGCAGACGCUAUAACACUAAGAUAAUUUGUUCACUAGAAAUUUUUUUCUUUGUGUAAACAAGUAAUAAAUCCAAUUUUAC